GAAUGAAGAAGUGAAUUUGAAAUUAAGAAAUCAAACUGACACAAACAUGUACUGUUGUAAACAAUUGGUUUCAGUUAUCAUCUUUUGUGCCAUCAGCCUAAAUUCACAGAAAUAUGAUGAAGGCCAGAGGGAUAUCGUUCUUUUAUUAGAUUCUUCGGGAAGUGUGGGAGCGCAUAAUUUCUACAAAUCAAAAUUAUUCGUAAGGAAUUUCGUUGACAGUUUACAAAUUGCUGCGGAUAAAGUGCAAGUAAGUUUAAUUCUAUUUAGCACAAAACCAAAGAAAAUAUUUUGGUUGAAUGAUUUCAGUGAUAAAGCCAAAAUCAAAAGUGUGGUUAUGAAAAUUCCCUACAGAGGUGGAAGCACAGCUACUGCACAUGCGUUGCGUUUUACGAAUGACUAUGUACUAUCAAAUGACCAUGGUGACCGAGAAGCAGCACCAGAUUUGAUAAUUGUGAUCACUGAUGGAAAGUCAAACAAGCCAGAAGAAACGAUUUCUUCAGCUAAGGUACUUCACGACCGUGGUGUUGACAUUGUAUCUAUAGGAGUUGGAGAUAAAGUUGAUGCCACAGAAUUACACACUAUAGCCUCUGAUAGAAAUUUGGCUAUUCAGGUCGAUAAUUUUGAUAAAUUAAAUAAUUUAAAAACUACAUUGUUCCAGGCAGCGUGUGAAGGAUUAAAGACAACUACAAGAAGAACCACAGCUAUAGAAGUGACUUCCGCACGUCGACUGACUGAUACAACUUUGUAUAAAAUGUUCAGUGAUGUAGCAACCGAUUCUACAGAACAGACUGGAUCUGACAGACCAACUAACAUGUACGAUUCUUAUAAUACACGUUCAUUAAUUACUGCUACAAGUGAAGAUUUCACAACACCGGAUUCAUCUGGCACAACUAGUGAAAGUUUCACAACACCGAAUCCAUCUGGCACGACUGCUACUUACAUAACAAAUGACACCAAACCAGGAAGAUAUUUCACAACGCCAACGAACAGUCGAACUAGGUCAAGUUUUAAAACUUUAGUCGAUUUGAAUAUUGAGACCACCACAUCGACUAUGCUUUCAACAACAGAUUUUGAAGGUACAGUUUACAGCAACAUGGCAGAAAGACAUACAACUGUUCCAUUCACAACUUCGACUCUUGUUACUAAGAAAGCGCAACAACCGCUCACCGUCGAAAUACCAGAUGAAUUAAUGACUAACAGUUCCUUAACUCGAUCAUCACGGUCGUUUGUUAAAUCAAAAUUUAAAUUAUCUACUUUUCAAACUAGAAUUCACACAUUUAAAAAAGCCCAAAGCAGACAAGAAAAUCACAGUACAACAGAAACUGUGUUGGUUACGGAGAAUAAUAUAUAUCCAAUUACGGUUAGUUUCCAGAAUAAAACAACUAUGGUCAAUCUAUCCACAGACAUGGACACAAAUGGGACCGAUAAAUUAAAUUUGGAUAAAUUAAUCAAUGAAUGGGCAACAAUAGUCGGAAUAACGACAGGGGCAGCUUUACUCGGUGCCGCAGCUUUUGGUACUCUAAUCUGGGUGCUUAGGCGACGUCACAAUAGAGAAUCAAAUCUUCCUGCUCAGGAAAGAGAUGUGUAGAUGGCGGUUGUUGAUGUUUGUAAUCUAAACGGUUUCUUAUUUAGUCUAUUUAAAAUCUGGUUCUCUGAUAAUCAUUACCAAAAAUAUGUAGAAGGGAAUUUUAAUCACUACCUGAUAUUAAUCCUAUAUAUUAUAUUUCUGGAUUCAUUCAAAGUUUUGUAUAAUUUUCUUCCUGUAACUGUGGUAAAAUAUUUACCUGCGGUAAUUAAUGAGACACUUUUUUAAAAUAGAAACGGGUCAUGUGGUCUUUUUUUAAAG